GACUUCGUGCUACAGAGUAUGGCAGGAAUGAAGAAUGAUUCGAGCAUCGUCGCUCUGGAUGUACCCAGCGAUACCAAGGGCGAAAUCUACAAUGCCGAUGACUUGAGGCUUCAACAAAUGGGUUUGUUGUGUCUGUUCGCUGGAAUCAACAUGCAACUGACGUGUUCUAUGAANGGGCAUACUCAAGAGCUCUCACGGCAUUUCAGUAUGCUGAGUCUGAUCGGCCUGGCUUCAACAUGUACUAUAUCUUGGACAGGACUUGGCCUGGGCCUAGCAACUGAGAUUGGAGCUGGAGGACCUGGCGCAGUCAUUUACGGCUUCAUACUCAUUACUGUACUGCAAUCUUUCCUGGGCGCCUCACUGGCCGAAUUCGUAUCUUCCUACCCGACGAGUGGCGGGAUGUAUCACUGGAUCGCUGCAGUCUCCCCCGAGAGAUACAGAGGCUUCCUCAGCUUCAACACCGGGUGGUUCACUUGCGCAGGCUGNGUGUUCACGACUGCGUCGACGAACCUAAUUUACGCGCAAAAUUUCAUGGCUCUUGUUGCUUUAUACCAUCCAACCAUGACAAUCAAAACCUGGCAGACCUUUCUGGUUUACCAGAUCUUGAACCUUAUUACUGCUGCAAUCGUAAUCUGGGGCAAUCGAAUCAUCCCUGCACUCAACAAGUUCUCACUGUUCUAUCUGCAGACAGGCUGGUUUGUGGUGAUGGUUACCGUGGUAGCUUGCGCUCCUGAACAUCAAAAUUCGGAGUUCGUGUUCCGUACUUGGAUCAAUGAAACUGGCUGGGAAAAUCAAGUCAUCUGCUUCAUCACUGGUCUGGUCAAUCCUCUUUACAGCUUGGGUGGCCUGGACGGAGUCACUCACUUGACAGAAGAGAUGCCAAAUCCAUCUAGGAAUGCGCCACUCGCCAUUGCAAUUACUCUUGGUAUUGCCUUUGUUACUGGUAUAACCUAUCUCAUCGCUCUGAUGUUCUCUGUUCAAGAUUAUGCGGCUUUGUCGAGUACAAAUACUGGGUUACCUCUUGCAGAGCUCUUUCGACAAGUCACCAGGAACGCUGGUGGAGCCUUUGGCUUGACCUUCAUCCUCUUCAUCGCAUUGGGACCAUGUGUCAUAUCAUCGCAACUCUCCACCGGCAGAAUGUUCUGGGCUUUCUCCCGUGAUGGCGCGAUACCUUUCUCAAGCACUUGGUCAAAAGUCAACCAUCGACUACAGAUGCCCAUGAAUGCACAAUUAGCAGUUACUGCCAUUGUCGCUGCGCUUGGUUGUCUCUAUCUGGGCUCGAGUACGGCAUUCAAUUCUUUGCUUGGCUCGGCUGUCACGAUCAACAACUGCGCAUACAUGGUUCCUAUCCUGACCAAUCUACUAACUGGCAGAAAGAACAUGUAUAAGGGUUUGUUUCACAUGCAUGGAUUCAAAGGGUUCUUUGUCAACACAAUCACCGUAUGCUGGUUGGCUUUUGCAGUCGUCUUCUUCUCAUUUCCCUACUACAAACCUGUCACUGCUGCGAACAUGAACUAUACAUGCCUAGUCGUCGGUGGACUCACGCUAUUCCAAUUGGCUUGGUACAUAAAGGUCAGGGUUCGCUACAACGAGCGGAUCCAGAGGACAAAGGAAGAAUAA